AUGAGAGGGGCUAUUGAUUGGUUCCAAAGAAGAAAUUUCCAAGACAGAAAAUUGGGUUUGCACAGCUUCUUGUCUUUAAUGGUCAAGUUCUUCAUUGAAUCCUUAAAUAAAACAAAGAACUGCAAAUGCAGGUACAGAAAACACUGGUUCAACACCACCUGGAGGACUGUGUGCAUGGUUUGGGCAUCACAUCCUAGGAAAGCUGGAAUGGCAUCGGGGACAGUGCAAUCUAGAUUUACCAGAAUGAUGUGUAAUUCCAGCACUUUGACUUUAACCUCCAACGGGAACAAGAACAGAAGUCAAGAGAUGGAGGCCUGUCGUUCAGAGACAGAGAAUUUCUGCAGCUUGAAGGAUGAGGAAGAUGUGGUGUGGGAGAAUGUGGAAUGUAACCGGCACGUUCUCAGCCGGUACAUCAAUCCAGCCAAACUUACGCCAUACCUUCGGCAAUGCAAGGUUAUUGACGAGCAGGAUGAAGAUGAGGUGCUCAACUCACACAUGCUGCAGUCCAAAAUUAACAGAUCAAGUCGUCUUCUGGAUAUCCUCCAAACAAAGGGACAGAGAGGGUAUGUUGUGUUUUUGGAAAGUCUUGAGUUCUAUUAUCCAGAACUGUACAAGCUGGUCACAGGGAAGGAGCCCACGCGAAGAUUCUCCACCAUUGUAGUGGAAGAAGGACAUGAGGGUCUGACACAGUUUCUGAUGAAUGAGGUCAUAAAGCUGCAACAGCAGACAAAAGCCAAGGAGAUGCUACGCUGUGAUCUGCAAGCAAAAAUGAAGCAGCUUGAGGAUGAGAAGAAACAGCUGAAGCUAGUGAAUCAAGAACUACAUACCUUCCAGGAACGUUACAACAAAAUGAAGGAGGAGAGGAACAACUACAAUGAUGAGCUUAUGAAAGUCAAAGACGACAAUUACAACUUAGCCAUGAGGUAUGCACAGCUCAGUGAAGAGAAGAAUAUGGCAGUGAUGAGAAGCCGGGAUUUGCAACUCCAGAUCGAUCAGCUGAAGCACCGAUUAAAUAAGGUGGAAGAAGAAUGCAAAUUGGAACGCAAUCAAUCCCUCAAACUGAAAAAUGACAUUGAGCAAAGGCCAAGGAAGGAGCAGGUGCUGGAGUUGGAACGAGAAAAUGAAAUGUUAAAGACUAAAGUUCAGGAGCUGCAAUCAAUCAUUCAGGCUGGGAAACGGAGCUUACCAGAUUCUGAAAAAGCAAUCCUUGACAUCUUGGAGCAUGAUCGGCAGGAAGCUCUGGAAGACAGACAAGACCUUGUCAACAAAAUUUUCAAUUUACAGGAAGAGAACAGACAGGCGGAAGAGCUGAGAGAUAAGUAUCUGGAGGAGAAAGAAGAUUUGGAGUUAAAAUGUUCAACGCUGGUUAAAGAUUGUGAAAUGUACAAGCAUCGGAUGAACACUAUCAUGUUUCAGCUGGAGGAAGUGGAAAAAGAGCGAGAUCAGGCAUUCCGAUCCCGAGAUGAAGCCCAGACGCAGUUCUCACAAUGCCUGAUUGACAAAGAUAAAUAUCGCAAACAGAUCCGGGAACUAGAGGAGAAAAAUGAUGAGCUCCAAAUUCAGAUUGUCAGGAAAGAGGGGAAAAUCGUGGCCUUGGAGUCGAAACUUCGGCGUAUGUCCAAGGACACCUUGUCUGCAGACCAGAGCCUGCCACGGAACAUUCCAGUCACUGUUAUCUCUCAGACUUUGUGUCAUUCCUGUCAGAAGAGGAACAGACAAGAGCAGGCGAGUUCGUCAACAUCAGAGGAAUCGCCCGAAGAUAAUGAAUUUUUUGUGCAGGAGCCACGACUAAGACGGAGACCGAACCUUAAAGUUUAUGGAAUUGGAAGACCGAAAUCUCCAUGCACGUUUCCCAGGCAACAAGAUUAUCAAGAUGAAGAUUUGUCAGAUGUCAGCAGCAGUAAGAUGGAAACUCCUAACUCCAUUAACAGUUGUGAUCCUCUGAGUACAAUGCAGACACUGAGGCCCCGAUUCCCCAGUGUUAUGUCAACUACCCCUGAACCACCAUGCAAUGACUCAAUUCUCCGAAGGACCAGAGAAGAAGACCGGGAGAUGCCACAUAGAAGUGCCCGUUUGAAGAAAUACAGUAUAACAGAGGAGGACAAUGAUAGUAUCUGCUGUUACACCUUUGAUACCAUACAAACAGAAACAGAUGAUGAAUAUCAGGACAGGAUCUCUCAUGGACCACCAUCCAUCCACUCAUCAUCAUCAUCACAUCAGUCUGAAGCUUUAGAUUCAUGCGAAUUAGACCAUAUGGACUCCAUAUUCAGAAAAUUCUCUUUGGAAAGACCUUUUCGUCCAUCUGUGACCUCUGCUACUCAGAUCAGUAACCCUUUGAAACAAAUGCUGCACACAACACUCAGUGGGGACAACCUGGUUACUGAAAUCUCUGUUCUUGGUGGAAAUGAAAGAGGCCUUUUCAUUCAAUCAGUACAGUCCAGUUCUGCUGCAGAGAAGGCAGGGCUGAAGGAAGGACACCAACUGAUUUUGCUAGAAGGAUGCAUCAGGGGAGAAGCUCAAAGUGUUGCCUUGGAAACAUCUACUAAAGAAGAAGCACAUUGGACAUUACAACGCUGCAAUGGACCAGUGACACUCCACUUUAAAGCAAACUUUGACGGUUACAAGAAACUACAAAAAGAUUUGGAAGAUGGUAUUAUCACAUCUGGGGAUUCCUUUUACGUUCGAACCAAUUUGAAUAUUUCUGGACAGACAGACAGCUGCUCGAUGUGUGUGAAGUGUGACGAGAUUAUCCAUGUUUUAGACACUAUGUAUCAGGGCAAGUGUGAAUGGCUGUGCGCUCGAGUCGAUCUGUUCACUGACAAAGACUUGGAGAAAGGCACGAUUCCCAGCUACUGCAGAGCUCAGCAGCUACUCCUGGUGAAGAUUCAGAGAUUGAUGUACCGCGGCAACAGAGAUGAGACAGACAAUCAAUAUAGCACACUCCGAGGAUUAUGGAAUUUUUUACAACCUGAAGAACAGCCUUCUAUUGAUCCCAAAGCUCCCCGUCUCUCAAGAGCGAGCAUUUUCUUCGGUCAGAUUUUACAGUUUGUCAGUAGGUCUGAUAACAAGUACAAGAGAAUGAAUAGCAGUGAGCGUGUGCGGAUUGUCACUGGCUCCCCAUCUGGCCCAGCAAAAGCCUCUUUCGAAACCCUGAAACUUUCAGCUGACAAACAGGAUGAUGUGGAUACAGAAAGUGACAUCAAGAGAAGUUUCACAUUAAUCCCAUACAGCCUGGUCCAUCCAUACCACAUCCAACAGAAACGCCCUGUGUUAUUCUCCCCUACAUCACUGGCCAAAAUGCUUGUGCAAAAGUUGCUCAACUCUGGAGAAGCCAUGGAAUUCGACAUCUGCAAAUCAGAUAUUUUAAACAAAGAAGAAUUUUUGCAGAAACAGAAGUCGGAACCGAUUAUCUUCUCCAGGGAAAAGCAUUUAAACACCUUUGAAUGUGUCAUGCCUGCUAACAUCAAAGCUGUAACUGCCAAGAAUAAACAUUGUUUACUAGAAGCUGGUCUGAGCUGCACAAGAGAUUUGAUUAAGAAAGACAUCUAUCCAAUUAUAAUCGUCAUUAGAGUCUGUGAGAAGAACAUCAAACGAUUCAGGAGAUUGCCAGCAAAACCAGACAGUGGCGAGGAAGAGUUUCUGAAGAGCUGCCGUUUGAAUGAGACCGAGCUUGAAUCCCUCCCCUGCUUGUAUACAACAGUGGGAGCUGAUACAUGGGGCAACAUCAAGGAGCUCAUCAAAAUUAUCAAAGAGAAAAUCAUUGAGGAACAGAGAAAGACAGUCUGGAUCGAUCAAGAUCAACUCUAGGAUUUGACUGACUGUAACCAACAGGAUUUAAGAGAAUAACAAAUCCCUUGCCAUGCAUGAACUAACAAACAGUAAGUCAAUCCUGCAGGAGGGAGACAGAGGAUGUUUUUUGUAAGCAAUCGAUGAUGAUUCUUACAUAGUAAGGUAGCUUUGUUAAAAACAAAAUGCUCAAAACAUCACUUUUUUAAAAAAAUGCGAGUUUUUGUCUAUUUAAAAAAAUGAAUACCACAAUGAAAAACGCUUUUCCUUAUUAUUAUAGUGCCUUAGAAAGAAUUCUUGAGAUGCGGCUGUAGGUGACUGCAUCAUUUACAGAGGAAGAAUGCUACCGAGAAAGAAUUCUCUUUAAAAUCGUCACUGUGUGUGACGAUUUGAAAAGUUGUUAAAAUUUCCAUACAGUUGAAUGGGAGAUAUGCCAAACCAUGAGAUUGCAGAUGGCACUGGAGUGCAAUUUUGCUGCUGAUGGCAGCCUACAGUGCCUCAUGGAUGCCCGGUAUUGAUCUGUUUGAAAUCAUUCCAUUUAGCAAAAUAAUAGUACCACACAACAAGAUGAAGGAUAUUCUGAACACAAAAGGUGAGUCUUGGUUUGCAUAAGAACUGUGCAGUGGUUGCUCUUACUGAUACAGUCAUGGUCAGAUGAAUCUGCUGGCUGCAGAUGCACAAGGAGGAGAUAGAAUAUGUUUUUCCCUUUUGUUGGUUCCCUCAACCACCUGCCACAGACCCAGUCGCACAGCAGUGUCCUCUAAGGCCCAACCAGCUUGAUCAGUAGUGCUGUUGUCAAGCCACCUUCAGUUCUUUCUUUACACAUUUAACCUUAAACCAUGAGACUUCAUGGGCUCUGGAGUCAAUGCUGAGGACAGGGCAACUCCCUCCUGACACAACACCAACGUGCCGUCACAUCUGCUGGGUCUGUACUGCUUGUGGGACAGGACAUAUCCAGGGAUGGUGGUAGGGGUAUCUGGUAUAUAGUCGUACUUACCAUAUGAGGCUUUUUUGAUUAGCUGAGAGACAGCUCUUCCAAUUUUAGCACCAGCCCCCUGACAUGAGUAAGGAAGACUCGGCAGGAUUGACAAGGUUGUUCCUUUGUUCUUUUCUGGUGCCUAGGUCAAAUGCCAGGGAGUCUGUUCAGUUUCAUUUCUUUGCCACCUGUACACAUCCAUCCCUUUCCCACAAACUCUGCCCAAGAUUCCUAUUCCUCACUCAUCCUGAACCUGCACCUAAAUGUCGGUUUCCCCCAGAGUCAUCUUCAAGCUCUACUUACCCCUUGAUUUAUUUUCAACUGAACUAUUGACCAUCCAACUUUUUUGAUUCCUGUGAUUAUGACAUGACAUCAUUGUUGUUCUUUUCAAGCACUGUCCUCCUUCCUUUCAAGAAGCAUUGCCUUUUGCUAAAAGGCUCACCCUAGAUCUAACUUUAUUACCCCUCCAACCUCCCUUUCCUCCUCCAAAAGAGGUUUGAACAUGUGCUUUUCAUUCAAAUCAGGGCCCAUUUUUCAACAAGCCAUCUGAAAAUUUUCCAAUUAGGUUGUAACAAUACUGAAAUGGCCUAUCAAAGUCUCUGCACAAAAGGACAAAAAGAAACUGCAAAUACAAGGGAACAUCAGUUCCCACAGAAUUCACUUUCAAGCGCCCCACUAGACUGGCGUAGAACUGUGUCAUUCGGUCAAAAUCCUGGAAAUCCAUUACUAAUGGCAACAUUGAUAUCCCUACAUCACAGAUAACACAACAGUUCAAGAAAAUGGCUCACCAUCACCUUUAAAGGGCAAUUAGGGAUGGGAAAUAGAUGCAGGCCUAGCCAACAACACUCACAUUGUACAUGAGGGGGAAAAAGGUCACAAACUAUUGUUCUCCAAGUGUAAUUAUGGUACACUAACUCAUUUCAUUCUUCCCUCCCUUUCUUCACCCUGCGAAAGUGGGAAAUCCUCUUCUAGCACUUUAUCUCAAUGGAAUUCCCUUGCUUGAUCACACUUAGUCUGGCCAUAACAGUGGUUACUAUUCUUAGCCUCACUGGACUCUUAUAGGUUUCUAAGCACGUCACUCCUCUGAGCGGCCCUCUGGCAAUGUCACAUGAAGACAUAUCAGCAUGCAUGUAGAACAUGAUGCUGACAUCUACCUCCAUCUCUCCACUUAAUCAGACAUUUCACUGCUUGUGUAUUCACUCUCCAUGUCUAACAUCCAGUUCUGUCCAUCCAGUCUCAUUUGGAAGAAAUUUGGUUUAAGAUUGAAACCAUGAUAUUUGGUUCCCCUGAAAACUUCAUUCCACUAUUUUGGAUUCCAACCACAAAUCAUUGGUUCAAACCAACACUUUACAAACAAUGACAUUCUAUUUGACCCUGACACCAGAAGAAAUUUUUUUUCCCCCCGACACGUGGCCCACCUUGAAAUCCAUCUCUUUAGCCAAAGAAAGAAUUAGUCACUCCUCCUAAUGUCAUCUUUGGUUUUGUGUCAAGUAUCUGCCUGAUUACACUCAUGGGAAGUGUCUUUGCACAUUUCCAUAAAACUACAGGAGGUAGGAGCAGAAGUAGGCCAUUCAGCCCACCGGGUCUGCUCUGUCAUUCAGGGAGAUCAUGGCUUAUCUGAAUUCUCAACUCAUUACCUUCCUUAAUUGAUAAUGCUUGAUUCCCUUACAAAUGAAAAAAAAUCAUCUUAACCUUGAACAUUUUUGACGACUCAGCUUCAACAGCCCAAGUGCUAAGGAAUUCCACAGAUGCACAACCUUGAGAGAAGAAAUUCUUUCUUGCAUCAGUCUUAAAUAGGUAACCCCUUCCUCUUGAGAUUAUGCUGUCUGGUCCUAAACUCUCCCACUACGGAGAAAAAUCCACCUCUCCAUACCUACUCUUUCAGUCCCCAUUAGACUCGUGUUUCAAUAACUUCACCUCUCAUUCUUAAAAUUCCAAUGAGUGUAGGCCCAAACUACUCAACUUCUCACCUGGGAGAAACCAAGUGAGCCUUCUGUUGAAGGCCUCCAAUGCCAGUAUAAGUUGGUUAUGUAAGGUGACCAAAACUGUUCAUUGCAUUCUAGGUGUGGCUUGUAUAGUUUUUCCAAGACUUGCCCAUCACUUGAACUUCGAUGUUAGCUUUUGCAAUUUAUGCACGGAUUUUUUUUUCUUGGAAAAGAAAACUUGCUCAUGAGUUGCUAGCAUCAUUGGCUAGGCUGGUAUUUAUUGCCCAGCCCCAAGACACAGCGAUAUUGCUGUAGGUCCACAGUCAUGUGUACCAGUCGAGGCCAUGAUUGCAGAUUUCCUUCCCUAAAUGGCUACCUGCCAGCUUUUAAUUGAAUUGAAUUCUACUACAGAUGGUGAAAUUCCAAACUCAUGUUGAGGACAUGAGCCUAGGGGUCUGGAUUACUUGUGAUGUCAUCAUUAUGCUAAUGCCUAUCUUGGAGGUGCAGCUUUCUGCACUCUCACCAUUAAAAAAUAUUCAGCUUUUCUAUUUCUUUUAUCAACAAGGUGCAUAACCUUCAUUUUCAUACAUUAUGUUCCAUCUGCCAAGUUUUUGCCCAUUUGCUGAACCUGUCUAUAUAUCCUGCUAUAGUGUUUGUGUCAUCCUCACUACUUGUCCUUCCACCUUUUCUGGGUCAUUUGCAAACUAGGUAAUAGUAUGUUGUACACUUAUCCCAUCCAAGUCAUCUAUAUAAUUAUGGCCCUGGCACUGGACUAGUUAGAUUGCAAUGUGAAAAAUGCCCCCCUAUCCCAACAAUCUGUCCUCUAUUAAAAAGAGUGAAUCAUUUAUUUAAGCUAAUGUACUACCCCAAAUCACUGUGGAUUCUCAUCCUAUUAAAUAGCCUUAAAAAGGUACCUCAUUGAAUGCCUUUUUCAAAAAUCCAAAUGUGUUACAUUGAUUCACCUCACCUUUACUAUCCUACUUGAUAGCUCUUAAAGAAUUCUACAAAUUUGUCAGACAAUUUCCCUUUCAUGAAGUCAUGCUGACUCUGCUUUACUGUGCAUUUCUGAAUGCUCUAUUGUAUCUUUCAUAAAAUAGCUGCAAACAUUCUCAUUGACAUAUUAAGCAAUAGUUAAUCAAUAGUUAAUAGUGACCAAUUGUUAACAUUUUUCCCCCCUGUCUGUUUUUGACUUUGGGGUCUUGCAUUCACAAUUUUCCAAUCUUCUACGACUUUUCCAGAAUCUCAGGAUUCUUCAUGACUAUUACAUGUGCAUCCAUGUUAUAAUAAAGCAAAAUAUAACCAGAUGAUGCUGGAAACAGUCCACAUGUUAGGAAUGGUUAACAAUUCAAGUUGAUGAACUUUAGUCAUUAUCUUAGGUGUACGUUUUCUUCAAAAACUGUAAUGUUGUCCUACCAUCCUUUCUGCUUCCUGACCAGCUACAUGGCAUAGAGUUAUAGAAAUGUACAGCAUGAAAACAGAUCCUUUAGUCCAACUUGUGACUGCUGUCCAAAUAUCCAAAUUAAUCUAGUCGUGUUUGCCAGCAUUUGGCCCGUAUCCCUCUAAACCCAAUCCACAUACCCAUCAGUUGCCUUUCACUGUUCUAAUUGUCCCAGCUGUAAGAACUCAUUCCAUACAUGCACCACCCUCUGCAUGAAAGAGACCCAAGGGGCAACUUUUACAUCUUUCCCCUCCCUCUCACCUUAAACCUAUGCCCUAUAGUUUUGGACUUCCCAAUCCGGGGGGUGGGGGUGAAGAGAGCGCGCGAGAGAGCGAGAGAGAAAAACAGCAAUUUAUGUUGUUGCUGUUGAAUGCAACAGUAAUAGGUUUUGCUUUAACUUCCUGUUUUCAACCAUACAAAGACUGACGUGGCGUUACACUGAAAUAUAUUGUCUGGGAUAAUUUUGUAUAUUGUGAAUCUGAAGUGUUCUUUGAUGCCUGACAUUCGUUAGCCUCACUUUACAGUAUUAGAUGUUGGUAAUUUUUCAAAUCUACUGAUUGUGAAAACUGCAGAGAAUGUUUUAUCGUUUUCUGGUGGAGCUCAGAAGGAAGAAUGUGAAGCUAGUGAAAUAGUUGAGUACCUUACCAUCUUGUAGAAUUUUUGUACCUGCAGGAAGGGUGUUAAUUUAUUCUUGCCUUCUCAAAAGUGGAAUUUUGUUCUACAGAAAAGUCCUGUUGUUAUUCUUGUCUUCACCAUUUGCAUUUUAUUAUCUGAACAAAACAUUAUGUAUGCUAUAUUGUCCGUUGCAGGUCCAAUGUUUACCUUUCAGUUAUUUUCAACAAGGUUUAUUUUAAAAAAAUGUCAGCAACAAAAAAAAACCACAAAAUGAAUGUAAGAAAAAGAUUAUGAUAUUUAAGUGUCCGUGACAAACUGCACUGUUUUCUCUCAACUACCAAGUAUGCAUUUCGUAUGUUUUUCACUUUGUUGCUUACUGAAGUUUUUGUAUAUUUGAUCAUUUGUCAUGACGGUGCAUUUUGCUAGACAGCCUCAAGGGUGAAUAUGAUUUUUAAAAAACUUAUUUAACCAUUUUCCAAUAGAACCUUAUCUCAAAUCUUUGUAAUGUCUGUAUUAAACUUUAGAAUUGUUGGAACAUAUCCCAUUAGUUAGCAUUAUGAAAUCUUAGUUAGUUAUUUGCAUGAUUUUCCAAGAAUGUAACCCCCACAAAGAGGAAUUUGCACUGGAAUCAAAUGCAAAUUCAUUUGAUUCCUAUUGCUCAACAUUUUCCUCAGGUGAAGUACAGCAAUUCCUCCAUCGUUUCUGAUGUCAUACCAGUGGUUGUAAUAUUUGUUUAACUAACUUAUGGAUUAUACAAAAUAAGCAGGAUGGAGUAUUUUAUAUAAAACAGUGCAAUAAUGACAUAAUCUGAGAGUGUGGGGCGAAGUGUAGCCUGCUUCUGUAUCAAAAAUGAAUGUAACUGCGACUGGUGUCGCAGCUACCAAUGACACUAGUAUUAGUCACUGCCCUUUGUCAUUCAAAAUUAGUUCACAUUCCAUCCCACUAGAAACAAAUGAAGAUCCUCUUGGCAAUAGUUUGAGGAUUUCCAGAGACUGACAUUUGGGAUUUGAAGCUUUAUUCCACAAAGCCAACGUAAUUAAAUGGCACAACAGUUGCUAUCUCUAAUGACAACACCCUUCGUUUUGGCAACAGCCACUAAUCCAGUUUAUGAUCAGACUGUAACUCCCUCUGAUUCAGCACAGUUGCAAAUCUGAAGUUGUCUGAUCGCCUUCAAAUUGGUGGCGUUUACUGCAUCCUAAACUACUUCAGCACGAGCUCAGUUUUAUACCAGGCUUCCCACAAAACCAUCAAUGGCCAAAACAAAGGACGUAGAAAGACCGAUAGCAAGCCACGAUUUGCUUUAUGCUUUGACUAAAUCCAGUGAUGUUUGACAGGAUACUGAGGAAUUCAAUUCUGCAUCAAUCAUUAAUCCCAUGUCCACUGGUGCAAACUGGAGAAAAGUUCCAUACUCUCAUGCCUUCCUUCAUUAGAAGUCUUUUGAGGACUGUUACAGCAUUGUUGCAUUAAAAUCCCAAGCGCUGAGGCGAUCACAAUCACGUCACCUCAUCUGAAGAUGAAUCUGAAUGAGGCGUACUUGCAUUUUCUAGCUUUUCCCAUUGUCUCCUGUAGCGUGAUCUGAAACCUUUCCUUCAAAAGGAUGAAUGUAAGCAAGGAGUGCACAAAUCUGUUAAAGUUUGUAGCAUUGUAUUUGAU